UGAAGCAAAUCUUUGAAGCAUCUCCUCAGGCUCUGAUUAAGAUUAUUAAUCUUCAGAGUGUUCCUCCGCUCUCAUCUCAUCACCUUCGCGGAAAACCCCUUGAAAAUGAGAAAAUUUUAAGAUAAUUUGGUGUUUUUGUACUGAAGUUCACUCCCACACGCCACAGGCAGGUUCAGGAUUCUUAGAAAUCAUUUGAUUGCGACAUUUCUGUGAGAUUCAUUAUUAGCUUUUGAAGCUUUGGUAGAUCAAGCGGAGCAGUAAUCGUCGAGCUCUGUUUCAUUGGAUUCGUGAGCUCUGGACUGAGGUAUAUUGGUUAGACUUCAUGGAAUGGAGAAUGCCGCGUCGAAAUGGAUGUUUGGUGCCAGAGUGACGAAAAUCUUCAACUGCAUUCGUAGGUGUUGGUGAAUGUGAUGAUAGAUUUGACCUCUUAUGGCUGGAGAGAUGGAAGAACCCAUUAGCUUUCAGGCAAACUCUAUACACUCUGGUUCCAUAUCAUUUGGAAGGUUUGAAACUGAACCCUUGUCUUGGGAAAGGAGGUCAUCCUUCUCACACGACAGAUAUCUUGAAGAAGUUGAGAAAUACUCAACACCGGGUUCAGUUACUCAAAAGAAAGCAUAUUUCGAAGCUCAUUUUAAGAAGAAGGCUCUUCUCAGUCAGGCUUCUACUGAGAGUCAGAUUGGUGUGGAUUACCAAACUAGUGAAAAUGAUAUCCUGGAUCAUAUGAAUUACAUGAAAGAAUUUGAGCAUGCUAAUGAUUAUGCAGUGGCUCUCGCCAAUAAUAAUGCAGUGUUGGAUGGUGAUCUUCAAGUUGAACCACCUUCUUUCGCCAGUGAUGAUGCAGUGUUGAAUGAUGAUCUCCAAGAUGAUGCGCUUCCUCUCACCAAUAGUGAUACAAUGUUGAAUGGUCUUCAAGAUGUUGCACUCGCUCUCCCUUAUGAUAAUAAAGUGUUAGAUGGUGAUCCACAAAAUGUAGAGUCUGCUGAACUUCACAAAACUCGGUUCAAGAGCAACACACUACCAUUAGUUAAGGAUGAACCAGAAGUAGAAUUUAAUGAUAAACUUGCUGAUGAAACAAAAAAUUUGGAGACAUUACCAAGAAGCCGUUCAGCCCCAAAGAGGCAUGUGGCCUUAAAAGAUGAUAGCCCUAGAUUGAAGAAUUCCCAGAGACAAACUCUAAAGGUAAAGGCCACAACAGAAACUAAAACAGCCAAAACAAAAUUGAUGGCUCAGGUUCCAAGAAAGAUUUCAAGUGAAGCACCUAAGGAAUCCACAAAGAAUCCAAGGGAGAGAGAGAGUCAACUGAGGACUAAAACAGUGAAGCCAUUACCACCAAAGGCUUUACAAACUGCAUCUUCUCUGGCAAGAACUUCAAAACCAGAGUUUUCUGUGCAGGAUCCAGAAAAUUUGAGGGCAAAACUCGGCCAAGAUAAAAGUGAAAAAGAUCUAAAGGUAAAGAAAGCAGGUACUAAGUCUCAACCCUCUACUUUAGAGAAAAGUGAACCCACAGCAAGACAAUCAGUGGACAGGCCUAGGAGAACAGUUAAUUCAACGAAGUCAGACAUGAAACCAACUUCUGUGAUCUUUCAUUUCCAGAGUGAUGAAAGAGCAGUAAAGAGAAAAGAGUUCUAUAUGAAGUUAGAGGAAAAAAUGCAUGCCAAAGAGGCUGAGAUGAACCAGAUCCAUGCAAUAACACAGGAAGAGACGGAUGCUGAGAUUAAACAACUUCGCAAAAGCUUAAACUUCAAGGCUACACCUAUGCCUUCUUUUUAUCACGAAGCUGCACCACGAGGCUCAGAUGGCAAAAAGGUCAUAAUAAGUCAUGUGAAAUUAGCAAAAUCGCAAAGCAAGUCUCCACGUUCCGGAUGCACAGUUGCAGAUAGACCGCCACAUUCUUCAAAAGCAGGAAGUCAGCAAGGCUUUUCUGCCCGUGAAUCUGAAAAUACAGCUGCUCAGCCACAAGCGUCAGAAGAAACUGAUUGUCCAUCAACAGUGGCCUCUAAAGUGAGUGAAAGUACUUCUAGUGCAUCAACCAAUAAAAACUGCACCUCAAAGGUCUUAAACAGAAGUCAUCCAAUGGGGAAGAAAAAUAUAGAGAGGGGUAAGAAUUGUAAACAGCGAGGAUCAGGGGGCAGUAAGUUGAAGAGAAUAGAGGGGAAACAGGUAGUAGGAGCUGUUGGAAGGGCUAGCGGGGAACUGGUGAGGAAGGCGAUGAAGGGAGUUGGCAGCAAAGGUGUUGGUGGAGGUUCUGGAAUGGAUCAUCUAGCAGUCGGCAUUGCCUUCUAAAUAAAUCCUUUGCUGGCAUAUAUACUCUUCUUGUUGCAUUUCUAUUGUUCACCAUUUUGUCUAUGCAGUGUAAUGUGCAUGCAGUUGGACAAU